AUGCGUCUCUUCUCGUGCCCCGCUCUGCCCCUCUCCCUAUACUGCGUUGUCACUUCUGCCCGAGUGAUCCAAACAACUCUUGACGAUGGCCGACCUCAAUGCACCGUCCACGCCAGCGGCAACCAGACCGACGAUGUGCCCACAAUUCUUUCUGCCUUCACCUCUUGUGGGAACGGCGGCGACAUCGUCUUCCCGGAAGGCGAGGACUACUACAUCGCGACGCGGCUGAACCCCGUCGUCAACGACGUCCGCAUCCAUUGGCACGGUCAAUGGACCUUCUCUCCCGACCUGGACUACUGGCGCGCCAACUCUUACCCCAUAUUCUUCCAGAAUCACGCCGCGGGCUUCAUCCUCACGGGCGACCACAUCUGGAUCGACGGCUACGGCACGGGGGGCAUCUUCGGCAACGGCAACACCUGGUACGUCGCCGAGGCGGACUCGCCCGUGGGCGACACGCAGCCGGGGCGGCCAAUGCCGUUCGUCUUCUGGAACGUGUCGGACGUGACGGUGUCCAACUUCUACGUGCGGGACCCGCAGCUGUGGGCCAUCAACAUCAUGAACGGCACGCACCUGGCCUUCGACAACAUCACGGUCAACGCGACGGCGCCGACGGCGCCCUACGGCGUCAACUGGAUCCAGAACACGGACGGCUUCGACACCAUGGACGCGACCAACGUGGCGCUGACCAACUUCGUGUACCAGGGCGGCGACGACUGCGUGGCCGUCAAGCCGCGCAGCCGCAACAUCGUGGUGCGCCACGCGCGCUGCGUCGGCGGCAACGGCGUCGCCGUCGGCUCGCUGGGCCAGUACCUCGAGGACGCGUCCGUCGAGAACGUCGUCAUUGAUGAUGUCACGCUCGUGCGUAAUCAGUGGCUGCACGGCUCCGCCCUCAUCAAGACCUGGGUCGGCGUGCUCGUCAACCAGUCGUCGCGCGCCUACGAGAGCGCCUGGGUGCCCCGCGGCGCCGGCUGGGGCUCCGUCCGCAACGUGCUGUUCUCAAACUUCAGGGUCGAGGGCGCAGAGGCCGGCCCCGAGAUCAAUCAGGAUAGCGGGAACAACGGGACCGAGGCGUUCAAGGGGAGCAGCUUGAUGGAGAUAUCGAAUAUAGCGUAUGUGAAUUGGACCGGUUGGUUGAAUCUGGAUGACGGAGACACUACGACGGCGGGGAUCAGUUGCUCGACGAAGGAGCCAUGCUAUAACAUCGACUUUAAGAACGUGAACCUGACGACGGCGCAGAAUAGCACAGAUCUAGGGACUGCAGAGUGUAAGUUCAUCGAGGAGGGAGGAGUGCAUGGGGUUGAGGGGGAGGGAUGUUAA